GUUUUACCCUUGGAGGAGCCGCUUCUGAUAGAGGGUAUUAUCGUCCAGCGCCGAAUAAAGAAAAGGGCAGGAGUAAGUAACAGUAGGUCGAGAGCAUUGUCUCUUCAUAAUUGCACCUUCUUUCUAUUCGACCAAUGCCAAUGACGUGAUCAUUUAUGCAUGGCCCCACAAUUCCCCUUAAAUACCCACCCACCUUCCUUCCAAACCCCCAUACAUAUUCCCCUCUCUCUCUCUCUCUGUAACCCACGCUAAUUAGAGAGAGAGACUCUUUCUCUCUCUAAAGACUCGAUCUAUUUCUCUCUAGCUUUAUCUCUGGAGUAGCAAUGGCUUCAGUGUUGUCUCUAACCCUCUUUCUCUCUCUAACCCACCUGCUUGUUUUCUCUAUGGGGAGGGAGUUGCAGAGCCACCCAACCCCCACCACUACCCUCAACGUCGCGGCCUCCCUUCAAGCCACACGCCAUGUCUUCUCUCUCUCAUCAACAGCUGAGCAGCAGGAACAGGCUGAGCUUGAAUCGGCAGGCGAAGAAGAAGGAUCAUCUAAGUCCUUGUUGACAGUGCGCCUCCACCCUCGAGAAGCCGUCAAACCCUCUGGCCACGAGGACUACGCCGCCCUCACGGCUGCUCGCCUCCGGCGGGAUGCUGCUCGAGUGCGCGGCAUCAGUGCGCGGGUGGCCCUUGCUGCCAAAGGCGUCAAACACUCUGAAAUGGAGCCUCUGAUUGAAGAAGACGAGGAGGCGUCGGAGGCGGCAUCCGGCAUUGAGGGCCCGGUUGUCUCUGGGAUGCAGCAGGGGAGCGGUGAGUACUUCUCGCGCGUGGGCAUCGGGCAGCCGGCGCACGAGCAGUACAUGGUUCUCGACACCGGCAGCGACGUCUCGUGGGUGCAGUGCGAGCCGUGCUCCGACUGCUACGACCAGGCCGACCCUGUCUUCAACCCCACCUCCUCAUCGUCUUACAGAGCUGUUGGCUGCGACUCGUCUGUGUGCAGAUCGCUCGACGUCUCCGCCUGCCGGAACAACUCGACAUGCAUGUACCAGGUCUCCUACGGCGACGGUUCCUACACUGUUGGUGACUUCGCCACCGAGACCCUCACCCUCGGACAGUCGGCGCCUGUCCGGAACAUCGCCCUCGGCUGCGGCCACGACAAUGAGGGCCUCUUCGUUGCUGCUGCCGGACUCUUGGGGCUGGGCCAGGGCGCCCUCUCUUUCCCCUCCCAACUCGGAUCUCAUACCUUCUCGUACUGCCUGGUCGACCGGGACUCAUCCUCCUCGUCGACCCUCCAGUUCGGCGGUGAUCCAGCCGGCACGGUGACGGCACCUCUGAUGCACAACCGCCGGAUGAACACAUUCUACUACAUCGGGUUGUCGGGGAUCGGGGUUGGGGGAUCGGUGCUGUCGAUCCCACCAUCCUCGUUCCAGAUGGAUGAGGGUGGAGAUGGUGGAACCAUCGUCGAUUCCGGCACAGCCAUUACGCGGCUCCAGUCCCAAGCCUACACAACCCUGCGUGAUGCUUUUGUGAAGGGCGCACAGGCGCUGCCCAGGACGUCCGGGGUGUCGCUGUUCGACACAUGUUACGAUCUCUCCGGGAGGGCGAGCGUCGACGUGCCGACAGUGUCCCUGCAUUUCCCAGAAGGGCAGGCGCUGGUGCUGCCGGCCAAGAAUUACCUGGUCCCGGUCGACUCCACCGGAACCUUCUGUUUCGCAUUCGCCCCCACGAACUCGCAGCUGUCGAUCAUCGGCAAUGUACAGCAGCAGGGAACCCGGGUCGCCUUUGACACCGCGAACUCAGUGGUGAGCUUCACUCCCAACAAGUGCUGAUCCCCAAUCUCUUCUUCUACAGUCCAUGGAUAGCUAGUUACUACCACUGUUACUGUUACUGCAACAAAUUAAGAAGGGAAAGAAACUUGCCCUCAACUUCCUCUAUCUAUCUCUCUCUGUAUGUCCUGUCUUCUGGUUGUGCAGAUCUGGUAAUCACAAUGCUUAGGUAAAAGAAGAGAGGAAGAUCCUGUAACUUUUAUCUCUCCCUCUCAGUGCUUCCAUUAAAGGACUGGAGGAGACCGCAUACUCUCUCCCUAUCCAUGUCUCUGUAAAAACAGGAGAUUACUGCGUUGAAGAUGUAAGAUUGCAGUGAAUUAUACUGUUUUGAAAUUGUUAUCUAAAUAUUGUUGCAUUAUCCUUUAGAGGUUAUUACAUAAUGGAAAAAGCAAAGCUUGUAUAGAGCUGAGGCUCUGAACCAUCAA